AAGUCGUAAAAGUGAUGAAAUGCACGGCUGUUCUCCCUUUGACGAUUUCCUCUGCUCGCUCCAUAUCGCAGUCGAUUCAUUUUAAAAGUGGUUUGUAGGCCAAAGUGAUGUCUGUGAGGAACCAUGGCAAAUAUUUCUCAAAAAAGGCCGCCGCCCUGGGCAUCCCCCUGGAAGCGCCGGAGGGCGGCUGGGGCUGGGCUGUGGCGAUAGGCUAUGGGAUUUGUCACAUCUUUUUGGUAUCGAUCAUCCACAAUUUCUCUCUCAUUUUCUCUACAAAAUUUGAUUAUAUUGGGAUGACGGCAUCAGACGUAACGGUUCUGAUGAACAUUAAUGCCGCUGUGUGCAAUGGCGUUGGAUUAUUAUCAGGGCCAAUUCUCAAGCGGGUUUCCUGCAGGAAAGUCUCGUUACUUGGCUCGUUUUUACUAUUCUCUGGAGCGCUGUUGGCUUCACAGGCUGAGACCUUCUACUUUUUCAUUCUCUCCAUGGGAGUCAUUUUUGGAAGCGGGUUGGCUCUCCUCAGUCCGGCCAACCUUUUCUGCAUCAACUCUUACUUCAUCAAUCGGCGCAGUCGCGGCAUGGGAUUAGCGAUGGCAGUCGGUGGCAUUGGAAGCGUUUUCAUGCCCUUGAUAAUGAGCAGUCUUCUUCGAAUGUACUCCCCCGAAAACACCAUGCUGAUCGUGGCUGCCCUUGUGUUGCACUGCUUCCCGGCAGCCUUGCUACUGCAACCAGUCCGCUGGCACAUGGUGCCCGCCGAGCCUGACCUUAAAAUCAAUGACCACAGCGUGGCCGCUGCGGCUGCAAUUAGCGCCGGUCGCAAGAGGACGGCUUCCAGCAACUCGGUUGACGUUGGUUACACGCUUGUUUCGUGCUCUGAACCAUACCCAACAACAGUAGCAGAAGAGGACGAGGAUGAAUAUUUUGCAAAUGCGGAAAAUGGAAAUACUGAAGUGGCUGAAUAUUUAAAGAAUAAACCGAAAAGAAGGAAAAGCAUCUGGAUAAAAAUAGUUGAUUUUUUUGACUUGCGCCUAUACAAAAUAAUUCCCUUCACUAUGGCUUCGAUAAGCAUGGCCUUCUUCGCGGUUGUCGAAACAAAUUUCAUGCUACUCAUCCCAUAUGUCAUGCUGGAAAUCCAUGGCUACUCGAUUCAGCAAGUUGCUGGUUUCCAAUCCAUCGUUGCUGCUGUAGAUAUUAUUUUUAGGUUUGUUGCACCAUACAUUGGAGUGGGAUUGAACUUACCGGACAAUUUGAUGUACAUCAUCAGCAUUAUCUUUAUCUCACUCUUCCGAGCACUUAUUAUGAUUUACCGUAGCUACAACGUGGUGUUGGUGUUGGGCGUGUGGUUCGGCAUGUGCAGAGGCAUUAGGAACGUAUUCGCGCCUCUGCUUAUCCCAUCUUUCGUGCCCGUUGACAGGUUGCCAGCAGCACUCGGUCUGCUGAUGGCACAGACUGCUAUCGCCUUCAUCAUAUUUUGCCCCUUCCUAGGAAUUCUGACCAACAGCGCAAAAACGUUAGCUGAUAUAAUAACUGGCUUCAAUUUAUUCACCACGUGCUCGGCGUCAUGUUGGGUUUUGGGUGUGACUUUCUACAGACUGCGAGCGAACAAAAGACAGCAGCAGGCAGGUACAAAGGAAAACUCGUAGAAUGCAGCUUAAAUAAUCGUUUUUAUUGUAAUGAAAUGAAAACUGUGAAGGUGUGAAGAUUAUGAGUACAAUAAAUGAAUGCUUCAAAAAGCAGUAAACGCUAGUCUUUUGAAAUAAAUACUGCAACAUUUAAUUUUUGGAUUUUUUCAUCAGAAUGUGACAACAUUGAGAGAGCCAUUACAUUUGAAAUUUAAAACAUUAUAAGCACACAUUAUUGUGCAUUUUGAACAAUGAACACUGAAUGAUAUUUUUAUCGGCCACAAAACGCAAAUUCAUAUCAAACAUUCAUAAUUAUAUAUAUACUUGCUCCACCAAUGUUCAACAUACAGUAUUUAAGAUAAUCAACUUAUUUAAAUCACAAUAUUUUACUAGUGCAAAAUGGUUUGUGGUUGCAGUAUGCUCCUGCAAUAUACAUAAUUAUUUUAUGCACAUGUUAAAAUUUAAGCUUCAGUGUGCUCCCCUUGAAUAAAUUUACUUAAGCUAUAUAUUAAAUAUGACACCGAAUUGACUUUCGUCAUUUAUAUAUUUCGUUUGUGCAGGAGUUUUAAUAUUACUUGUGUUUGCAACACAAAUUUAUGUUGAUGUAUAAUAUGGAAGUGUUCCUUUCAAAAGUUAUACAACCAAGCGAUGUAAACAUCGAUUGUAUGCGUAGCGUAUAGAUAUCAAAUAAACAUACACUUUUCUUUACAUUGA